GCGCCUCGCCUGACCUAUUUUUAGCCAGGGUUGGCUAUUGUUCUAUUUCUGUCACCUGUGGGCCACGCAGUUGUUGAUUCACAUGCAAAUUAAGCUCACUCCCUCCCUAGCUCGCAUUGAUGCCUGAGUGAGGUGCUCAGUGCACAGUACACACCACUUUGCCAAGCAACUCUGCUUUACAUUUGCAGGCUCUCAUCUGACACGUAGCUGAGAGGAGAAGGCAGGCAUAGGCAGAGGGGGCUGACACUGUGUUAGUGUUUGGGUGCCAGCUGAAGGCAAACCGCCCUGCAGAGAAAGUGCUGCUUUCCUGCUUUUCAGUGAGAGUGGUGUCUCAGAAGAGGAGGCGGAGGAAGGCUGUUGUGGCGGUCGCUCCCCCGGGUGGCCGAAGGGGUGGCUCUCUUGGUGACGGCGUGCGAUGAGACCUGAGCGCUAAGUGGAGUAUGCUGCAGACGAUUUACGAGGGCGAGUCAAGUUUCUCCACAACAGACAGCCGCGUUGGAGCCCAGCCGCUCCCUACCCAGAGCAGGAUGCACAACGUGAACAGCUCAGUGGAGAUUAAGUCAGACAUACCUCUGGCUGUGGAACCCUUAUCACCAUUGGACCUGCGCACAGACCUGAGGAUGCUGGGGCCAGGUUCUGACCCGGGACUGUGGGAGCGUCAGCUGCAGCAGGAACUGCUGCUCAUCCAGAAGCAGCAGCAGAUCCAAAAGCAGCUACUCAUCAGCGAGUUCCAGAAGCAGCAUGAGAAGUUGACCCGUCAGCACCAGGCUCAACUCCAAGAACACCUGAAGCUGCAGCAAGAGCUCCAGGCGAUGAAACAACAGCAGGAACUUGCAGAGAAGGAGCGCCGUCUAGAGCAGCAGCAGAACCAGCAGCACCAACAGAACCAGCUGGAAAAAGAGCAGGAGCGCCAUCGGCGGGAGCUACACAUCUCCAGCUUGAGCCUCAGGGCCAAAGAGCGCUCCAGAGAGAGUGCAGUGGCCAGUACAGAGGUGAAGCAGAAACUCCAAGACUUUCUGUUGAGCAAAUCAGCAAAGGACCCAGCCAGCAAUGGUGUCAAUCAUUCAUUCAUCCAUCACCCAAAGCUCUGGUACAGGUCCUCCCAUCAUACCUCUCUGGACCAAAGCUCUCCACCUCUGGGUGGCAUGUCCCCUACCUGCCACUACACACUGCCAUCCCCCGUUGACGGCAAGGACGACUUCCCCUUGAGGAAGACAGCCUCUGAGCCCAAUCUAAAAGUGCGGUCCAGACUGAAACAGAAAGUAGCUGAGAGACGGAGUAGCCCCAUGCUCAAAAGAAAAGAUGGCAACCUUGUGACACCUUACAAGAAGAGGGCUCUGGAGCUUAUGGACUCCACGCCCACCAAUAGUGCACCUGGCUCGGGCCCCAGCUCCCCCAUUGGGGCCUCCAGUGCCUUGGGGGCAGAAAAUGGACCCUCCUCUUUGCCAACUACUACAAAAACUGAGCGAUGGCCUUCACAGCCAAGACUAUUUCGGCCCGAAAGCUCCAUGUCUGUGUUGAGUUUAUACACGUCCCCAUCCCUACCAAAUAUAUCUUUUGGGCUUCCGACUGCAUCGUCACCCAUUAGCGCGGCUUUGGGCUUGAAGGACCGGUCAAUAGAGAGCAAACAUGGUCUGCCAGGACAUCUCCUUCAGAAUGGUCUCGAGUCCAAAGUCAGCUCCAGUCACCAGGCUCUCCUCCAACACCUCCUCCAGAAGGAGCAGAUGAGGCAGCAAAAAAUGCUUUCCACUGGUGCGGGUUCCUUGCCAUCCCAUCCACCAUCUCCUCUGACCAUUAAAGAUCACCCAUCCAGCAGUCGCCCGAAACUACCCAAACACCGGCCCUUGAAUAGGACCCAGUCAGCCCCUCUGCCCCAGAACACCCUGGCCCAACUUGUCAUCCAGCAGCAACACCAGCACUUCCUUGAGAAACAGAAACUAUAUCAACACCAGGUCCAUAUAAAUAAGCUGCUAUCCAAGUCCAUUGAGCAGUUGCGUCAACCCAGCGCACACCUGCAGGAGUCCGAGGAGGAGCAGGAGGAACUGCUGCGCAGGGAGCAGCCAGAGCGCAUGCAGGAGGACAGGCUGCCCCCCGGAGGAGUCAUCCGGAAGCACACGCUUAGCAGCGGUGGCAGCAGCAGCGGCUCCAGUGUAGAGCUCCCUGACGCGCACUACGGGGUCAUCAAGGUGAAGGAGGAGCCCCCAGAUAGCGAGGACGAGGUUUUGGAGGCGGAGCGGAGCACCUAUCUUCACCAGGUCAAAGGGAGGCUGGUGAUAAGAGCCAUGAUCUGAGGAUUACGGGGAGCGGGUCACACACUCCAACAUUCACAUGCCCUUUGCGUACUCGCAGCACUGUACGGCCCUUCCUUGUCAUAAAAACAAAUGAUCACUUUUCCACUCAGUCGCUGCCCUGCUCGCUCAUCGCUCUCUUCGAGACUCCAGCCGUGAUCCUCAUGUAGUAAAUACUGUAUGUAGGCUACAAUGUUAUGUAUAUAAUACAAAGACAAACGAGCUGCUUACGGUCAUUUGGAGGCUGCUCAACUGACAGAAGAUGAUGUACAUACACGGUGUACAUGUACAGUACUGUGGAUUUAGAGUCAUUGUGUAUCUCUAGGGGACAGGUUAAACAGGUGCACGGUGUGGAUGAGCCAACUCGAGCUCCCUUUGUGCACAUUCUCACCACUGAAUGCUCCUCAGCACUGAAUAUGGUCGUGAAUCUUUGCAGUGUGUUUAAGGGAGGGAGAGAAAAAGAACCCUAUAGUUACUGUUAUUGCGGAAAAUCUACAUUGAUGUUCAAUGUUAAAGAUUGAACAUCUGUCUUAGCGAGAAUGUACAUUUUAAAUGCUGACACGAGAUGUUGUCACGUGUUGACUGAUAACGACUGAAGGCGGGCCACUGCUCGGGAUUCUAGUUCUUACGAUAAAGCACUAACAUCCCCCCCUGACUUGGUUGCACAUGCAUCACCCAACACUCUCACUCUCUCACAUUCUGUCUCCGUCUGGUCCCAGUGUUAGCUGAGCUUUCCUCCCUGCGGGUCCAAAUCAAAAAAGCUCCUGCCCAGCUUUCAGCAAAGGAGUCAGAGCAAGAGAGAGAGAGCAAGCGAGAGAGGGCCGGGCAGGAAAUGCCUUCUAGAAGCCAGGAGUUGGAGUGAUUCAUGUGUGCAGGAAUGUUUGCGAGAGGAGGGCCUUGGCUUGGACUAAGUAAGAAGUCCAAGGGGCCAGGCUUCACAAUUGAUUUACUGUCAAGGCGAAUUACAAAGUGAGUGGGGAUAUGGUCAAGGGAGUCCUAUAUAUGGGAGAUGGCUUCCUCUCUUUUCCCCAGUGGCAAGCUUACCUCAACAUACAGGUUUGAUGUAAGGCGUAAAAAAAAACCAGGAUGGGACCUUGAUUUCCUUUUUUCUUCAUUUGAUCCCAUUGAAAGUGCCCAUUGCAACAUGUAUAGUCUGUCUUAAAAGUGAUCAGUCCAAUGUAUUGGAUAGCUGUAAACUGUCCCGUUUUAUUUGUACCGUCAACACCGUGUAAAACUGCUCGUGAGAGUCUGUGUUUGGAUCCACGUGAGCUGUCUGUCUUAUGAACUGUACAAGUCACUUUGUCCAGGUUUUAAUGUGCUAGGUUAAGUAAACACUAUCAGAAUAAUGUGAGUCCUGUUCUCUUGCCUCUUUGAUUUAAUUGUGAUGAGAAGAAGAACCCCCUGGGUGUGGAAUAUCAAAAUGGGGGGAGAAAUAUGCUUUUUUUCCCCCCAUUCGGUCUUUUUUUCUUUUGGCCUUGUGUGACGCACUUUUUUUUUUUUAAUCAAAUAAAGUCCGUAUACCCUGAAA